GCUCGGGCUGCGCCAUGCGCGCAGGGAUCUCGGGGUGUCUCCGAGGAGGUGCCGGGGGGCACGAGCUGGGCUGCGCCGUGCACUCAAGGAUUUCUCGGUGACCUCCUGGAGGGGUCUUGGGGUGCCCCCGUGGGGUACAUUGUAGCUGCGGCGGUUCCGCUCUCUACUAUCCCCCGCAAAUCCUGGCCUGUGGUGGAAGGAGAGCUCGCCCCGAGCCGGGGGCGCAGGGCCGGGGAGGCGGCGGCCUGGCCUGUAUCUCGUUGGGCGCAGUCUGCCCUCGGAAGCCUCGUUUGCCCAGAGCCAGGUGCUCUGGAAGGGCUUGUGUCAGAUUCGGGAGAGCGCUCUGCGGGUCAGCAUAGCGGGGCUUACGCGCUUCCUGUAAGCUAGCGGUGAGCGCUGUGGAGGGGGUAACCUUGUCAUGGUCACUCAGGAAGGUGAUGCUCAGGGCUCCGGACGGACUUGGGCUUUUAAAAGGCCCCUGGCUUUUUUCAGGUGGGAUUGGGUCUCCCUUGGGCUGCUAGAGUAGCACCCUAAAGCCGAGACGGAGAUGAGAGGGAACUAUCUUAGUGCUCAGAGUUCACUUUCGGUAAGGAAACUUCUAGGAGAGAUGCUCAUUUGCCCUUUUCGCGGCUGGGCUAGGCGCUCUGUAGAGACGCCCCAGAGGCCCCCCUUUAAAAGCAGGUACUGGAUGCAGCUUGGGUCUGUUUUGUUCUCCUCUCCGCGCAGCACAUGGCUGAUGGCAUGAGUCUGGGGUGCAGUUUAUACUGGAAAAGUGAGGAGGGAGAGAGAAUGUGUUUGAGUGGUGUUCUCAGACAGCAGUGUCUGAGUACUUUUGGAAGUACAAAGAUACAAGUACGUUACCGUGGGUGUUGUAAGUAGGGUCCUUUCCCGGACGGUGAGAAAUCUGGCAUGGAGAGGCUGUCCCUAGUGAGAUUUGAGAGUGUUUAUGUUAUCAGUGCGUACUUCAGAGGGUUUGCUGCUGAGAGAUAGCAGGACCUUGUCCUUUCGUUUCCUGUACCUCAGAGAAAUCAUUCUUAGGUUAUUGCUUGAGGUCGAAUGGAUGAAGUAGAACCUGUUAUUUCUGUCAGAACUCAAAAAAUUGUACAAAACCUCUGAUUCCACAUUCAGGAGUGGGUUAUGGGAUAUGUGUCCUUUAUUUAAGUUACUGAUCUCGAAUUAAAUUGAGCUAAGGCCAUUUAACCCAGUUGGGUUAAAGCCAUUAUGAUGUUGGCGAAGAAUAUUGAAAGUACUGUGUACUGCCAGAAGAACAAACAAAUCUGUCUUGGAAGAAUGCUCCUUAGAAGUGAGGAUGGCUUACUUUGGACAUGUUAUCAGGAGGACCCAGUCCCGGGAGAAGGGCAUCAUGCUUGGUAGAGGGUCAGUGAAAAAGAGGAAGACCCUCAACGGGAUGGACUGACAAAGUGGCUGCAACAGUGGGCUCAAGCAUAGCCAUGAUUUGUGAGGAUGGCGUAGGACUGGGCAGCGUUUCGUUCUGUUAUACAUAGGGUUGCUGUGAGUCGGGAGCAACACGAUGGCACCUAACAACAGCAACGACAAAGCCAUUUAACUCCCAAAUUCUAUCUUCUGGCUAACAUACCGUGGACUCACAUCCAUCUUCACAAAGUGCUCACCUGUGAGGUGUGAGUCUUGACAAAAUGAUGUUCUGGAGAGUUUUUCAUAAAGCUAAAUACAAAUUCGUCCUUUAUUCUGAGACCGUGUUUAUCUAUGUAUACACACACAUAAUAAGCGCACAGGGAGCCGUGGAGUUGAUUCCCACUCAUAGCGACCCCGUGUGUUACAGAGUGGAACUGCUCUGUAGGGUUUCCUAGGCUAAAAUCUUGACGGGAGCAGAUCACCAGCGGAGCCUCUGGGUAGGUCCGAACCACUUAACUCUUGCUCCACCAGGCUUUCUCUUGCUCACUUACUCGCUCUCUCUAUAAACCCCAUUGCCAUCGAGUUGAUUCGGACUCAUAGCAGCCCUAUAGGACACAGGAAAACUGCCCAUAGGAUUUCCAAGAAGCGGCUGGUGAAUUUGAACUGCUGACCUUUUGGUCAGCAGCUGAGCUCUUAACCACUGUGCCACCAGGGCUUUGCUCUUUCUACGUAUAUACGUAUAUAUACAUAUACGUACGUAUUUGGGUUUGUGUGUGUAUUGAUACGCUUUCAUUUUGGGGGCGAUGGUAUGUCUGAAAUUUGCUUUCAGAUAACCUGGGUAUGGGCAGAUGAAUCAUAGUUAGCUGUGCUCAGAAACGUUUGAAGUUGAACGGUGAGAACGUGGGUCCACUGCGCUGCUGUCUUUGCAUUGUGUAUGCUUGCAUGUUUCUGCAGGGAAAAGCUUUCUGUUGAGUACAUUAAUUUUAUGCAAUCACAGUGAUGAUUCUAGAUGGCAAUUAAAAAAAAAAAACUCACACUUAGCAAAGUAAAAAUUUGGCAACUGAUUGCUGCCCUGAUUUUUUUUCCUGACAUUUUGCUUGUUUGAGACACCCAAACAUGAGUGAUGAUUGUCUUGUUACCUCUUGCUCUUUGCAAAUGAGAGUUAGGUUGUUGUUGGCUGGUGAGUGGGGAGAGUAUUCUCACUGGUGUCAGGGUUGAGAGAGUGAGCAGACAUCAGGGUUUCCCUGUGGUGUAUGUUACAGUAAUGCGUACGUGUUGGCAUAGUUCUCCCCACUCCUCCUGAGGCCUGUGUGGGGCAUUUCUGUAGCCUUGACGACGAUUUGUUCCUGGUCGAUGAUGGGGAGAGGUGAUGGGAAUUUCCAUGCUACAGGCGGUGACCGGGGAGUUGGCCUUCCAUGACGAUCUUGCUGUUCAUCCCACAGAGUGGGACGCCCCUUGCGGACCAUCGCUUGGCCACUCGGGUGGUUUAACAGGCCGGGGUGGCACCUGCACGUGAGGUCCCAGCCCCGCACCCACCCAGCCUGACGCCAUCCCUUCCUGAAUUCUGGACUCAUUGCUGCAGAAGCAGCUGGCCCAUGCUCAGCCCUCCCAGUGAUGCACCAUGCCAAUUGUCGAUAAGCUGAAGGAAGUGCUGAAGCCUGGCCGCAAGGACUCGGCGGAUGAUGGGGAGCUGGGGAAACUCCUGGCCUCCUCUGCCAAGAAGGUCCUACUCCAGAAGAUCGAGUUUGAGCCUGCCAGCAAGAGCUUCUCCUACCAGCUGGAAUCCCUGAAGAGCAAAUAUGUGUUGCUGAACCCCAAAACAGAGGAAGCCAGUCGCCACAAGAGCGGCAGUGAACCCCAAGCCAGGAGACAGGGCGGUGAGCACGUGUACGAAAGCUGCACCGAUGGUGUCCCGGCCCCGCAGAAGGUGCUCUUCCCCACAGAGCAGCUGUCUCUGAAGUGGGAGCGUGUUUACCGCGUGGGCGCGGGGCUCCACAACCUCGGCAACACCUGCUUCCUGAACUCUACUGUGCAGUGUUUGACCUAUACGCCACCUCUCGCCAACUACCUGCUGUCCAAGGAGCACGCUCGGAGCUGUCACCAGGGGGGCUUCUGUAUGCUCUGUGUCAUGCAGAACCACAUCAUCCAGGCCUUUGCCAACAGCGGCAACGCGAUCAAGCCCGUCUCCUUCAUCCGCGAUCUGAAAAAAAUUGCCCGGCAUUUCCGCUUUGGGAACCAAGAAGAUGCCCAUGAGUUUCUCCGGUACACCAUCGACGCGAUGCAGAAGGCCUGCCUGAAUGGCUAUGCCAAGCUGGAUCGUCAGACGCAGGCCACGACUUUGGUCCACCAGAUUUUUGGAGGCUAUCUCAGAUCCCGUGUGAAAUGUUCUGUGUGCAAGAGCGUCUCUGACACCUACGACCCCUACCUGGACAUCGCGCUAGAGAUUCGGCAAGCUGCGAAUAUUGUGCGAGCCCUGGAAGUCUUUGUGAAACCAGAUGUCCUGAGUGGAGAGAACGCCUAUAUGUGCGCUAAAUGCAAGAAGAAGGUUCCAGCCAGCAAGCGCUUCUCCAUCCACAGAGCGUCCAGUGUCCUGACCCUUUCCCUCAAGCGCUUUGCCAACUUCACUGGGGGUAAGAUCACUAAGGACGUAGGCUACCCGGAGUUCCUGAAUAUCCGCCCAUACAUGUCCCAGAGCAAUGGAGAGCCAGUCAUGUACGGACUCUACGCUGUUCUGGUCCACUCGGGCUACAGCUGCCAUGCCGGCCACUACUACUGCUACGUGAAGGUGAGCAACGGACAGUGGUACCAGAUGAACGACUCCCUGGUGCACUUGAGCAACAUCAAGGUGGUCCUCAACCAGCAGGCCUACGUGCUGUUCUACCUGCGGAUUCCAGGCUCCAAGAAGAGUCCCGAGGGCUCCAUCUCUAGAACGGCCUCCACCCUUCGCAGCCACCCAAGUGUACUUCCAGACCACCUGAAGAAGAACAUCAGCAAUGGGGUGGCUUCCUCCCCACUGACUGGAAAGCGACAGGACCCCAUGAUGACAAAGCUGCACCUCACAGAGGAACUCGGCAUGCCCAUCUCCCGGAACGGCUCUGUGGCAGGCCUGAAGCCCCAAAACGGGAAUGUCCUUCCAAAGUUGCCCUUGGGGUCCCCGUCCCCCAAACCCUCCAAAACGCCGGUGCAUAGGCCGACUGUUCUAGAUGAGCCUGAAAAGAAGGCCAAGAAGUGUGCCCCACUGCAGCAUUUCUCCCCGUCCCCCAAAACUCCUCAGGGGCCACUUGGUGCCGGUGACUUGAAUGGCAGCAAGUUGGAGAGCCGGAGGCUGGUCUCCUGGGACAGCAGGGACGCCGUCCUCUCUACCUCACCAAAGCUCCCGCCUGAAGCAUCCACCAAUGGGCAUGGGCCAAAGGGGCGUGAGCAGAGCCCCGACCUUGAGAGGGAGGAUUCCUGCAGUUCCAGCCCAGACCACUCUGCUGGUAGUGACGCCACCAGGGCCCCCCAGGCCCCCAAGAGUGGAGCCGCCCAUUUCUGUGAUUCUCAGGAAACAAACUGUCCUGCCGGCGGCCGCCCCAAAGCACUGCCGAACGGAGCUGAUGUAGAGACGGUGAAGCUGAAGUCCCCCAUCCUGAGCAAUGCCACCACGGAGGCUGCAAGCAUCAUGUCUCCCCCGCCAGCCAAAAAGCUGGCCCUGUCAGCUGCCAAGAAGGCCCACACCCUGUGGAGGGCGACCAGCACUGACCUCCGUCCACCUCCCCACCCACCGUCCUCCGACCUCACCCGCCCCCUGAAAGCCACUUACCCUGUCGGCGCCGCCACUGGGCCUGCCAGUCAGACCAGGGCUGUUCCGCAUCUUCCCACGCCAUCCAGUCGUCCGAGGCCUCCCUUCAGCCCCUACACCACAUGUCCUUCAUUGCCCGUGAGCUCCCAGCCCCUCAGGAGGGCAGAGCCCCAGAGUGGCUCCUCUGGCCCUGCUGCCUGGCCUCAGGUGAACGGGGCCUCCGCGUCCCCUCUGUACCAGCCACAAGAGGCCGGUGAGGCCUCCCAGAGCGUCUCUAAAAAGAGGAAGAAACGCCGCGUGGGAGAGAUGAGAGGACGGAGCCCAGAGACGCACUCCUCACAGCUCAGUGGGGACGCAGCCGCAGUUCCUCGCGUGAAGAGAAGGAGAAAGAAGAGGAAGCGCACAGAGUUCGAUGGUGUGUCCACUCUGCAGGAGAGGCCAGCGUGGACACAGAACCAGAGCCACGGGGUUGAGAAGUGGAGCGGGGUAGAGCUGCCCGCAGACAGAUUGCAGGAGCGGGGAGGACAGCCAGUUGGACACGUAACGGAUGCCCAUCAUGUGGGCAGCAAGAGGAAGAAGAGGAAGAGAGUGGAAGGCCUCCACGAAGAAGAGGGCCACCCCCAAGACUCAGCCUUGCACAGCCGCUGCUCGCCCUCGGAUGACGCUCAGCCCGAGACUGCGGCAGAAUCUCCGAGGAAGAAGAGGAGGAAGAAGCAGAGAAAGUGUGAGUCACAGCAGGAGGUGGAAGAGAACGAGCAUCAGAACAGCCAGAGAUGCGACAGGCAGAGUGACCUUCUCGUCCCCAAGCUGAGCGGUCACUCACCCGUGGUGAAUGGGCAGACGUGCGUCCCUCUUGUACCCUGGAACACAGAGAGGGAGUCCGACGUGGUCCAGGAACUGGUCAGAUACUCCUCUGAUAAAGCUUACGGGAGAAAAGUUUUAACGUGGGACGGUGAGAUGUCCGCCGUCAGUCGGGACGCUAUUGAAGACAGCAGAUUGGCCUGGGCCGAGACGGUGAUUGACGACUGGGACGAAGACUUUGAUCGAGGGAAGGAAAAGAAAAUAAAAAAAUUCAAGAGAGAAAAGAAGAGAACCUUCAAUGCCUUCCAGAAGCUUCAGAAUAGACGGAACUUUUGGUCUGUGACUCACCCAGCGAAGGCCACCAGCCUCAGCUAUCGCCGCUGAGGUUGCUGCUGCUGAUGUAGCCUCCCGGAGAAAAGGUGACGUCACUUCCUGGAGCUGUGUGUCUCCGUGGACUUAACGAGCGGCCUUGUUGGGACUCUGGUGGCCCACCGCUCCCCGGCACCCAUCGUGGCUCUGACUGCUACUGUCUGUGGAUGCCUAAGAGUGAGGCGGUGGGCUUGCAUGGCUGAACAGGGACAGUCUGAGACGAGGACCUCUUGGUGACACUUGAAAGCACCACAAGAGAAGCCUGAGUGUGAGUGAGGAGUGCAGAGCAGCUCCCCAUCUGCGAGGGUCUGAGUCCUUGUGCUCACGGACAGUGAGGUCUCUUCCUUGCUCAAACAUCAGAGCCCAAGAGCCCGGUGCCCUCACCUGCUGCACGUGGCCGGCCUGGCCCUCCCGCCCUGCUCCCGCCCCUCCUUGCUUCCUUGCCAGGGCUUCUGUAUCUGCAGCCUCACCUGUCCAGCCUCAGAAAGUGAGAGCCGUGGCCAGCCCCCACUGCCCCUUUUCCUUUCCUGGAAUUGGGGCAUAGCCCUGUCAUACAUCUCGUCCUCAUCCUGUGUUUUGGGGGCCCUUGAACUCUGUGCUAAUCUCUCUGCUUCUCAGGCUGCUGUUCAUCCUGAGCUCCCCUUGUAACUGCGAUAACCGUGAGCCUCUAAUGAGGUGGUGGUCUUGGGAUAGAACCCCCCUUUUGUCUUAUUACUCAGCAUAGAACGCUUCUUUCUGACCAGGCCUGUGGCUUCUGUUAGCAAUAUGUUUCCUUUCCCUAACAUACAAGUGCUGACUUUGUUUGCUCAAUUCUUUGAGUGCUUUUGGACUUAGAUGAUUGUAUAAUUCAAGAAGAUUUUUUUUUUUUUUUAAAUCUUGCUCAAGCUGUGCCUGCAAACUUGUAAUUUAAUAAAUACGGGAAAUUCUCAGUUGGUAUUUUCAGGAAAAAGACAAAUAGUCUCCUGUAGAAGGUGUAGAAGUAAACCUAGAGGCGGCUUCCA